AUGCUGGGCCGGAAAACAGGACUCCCCCACGACCUGAACAGCCACCGCCAGCUGAACCAGGCCUACCAGGAGGCUGUGCCCCUGCGGACCAGACCAUCCCAGGAGACAGAUGUUAGUUUGGAGGUGUUCAGCGGCUCUACGCCUGAAAUCAAACAGAGCUGCACCAGAGCCCAGCAAGUGCGGGAUAGGAAAGGUCGCAAAGCUGACCUCAAAGACUCUAAUGGGAGAGAGGCAGAAACAAUUACCUUUAUUUCUGGUACAGCGGAGGCUCCUGCAAACCAGAGCUUCUGCUGCUCCUCUCUGUCUCAGGCCUGGAACACAUACAAGGCUGUUUUCUGUUGUAUAGUGACCUGUGGGGGCUGCUUUCAGGACUGCAGUGUCUGUAUCCCCUAUACGGGGCCUGCCGAGACCUCCACCGAUGAUGGAAAGAACAGAGAUUAUAACGGGCGACUGCCAAACAGCCCCGCCAACACCUCUCCCGCUGAGAAGAAUGGGAACCAGAUCAAAAAGUCCAGCAUGGGGAGUAGUUUCAGUUACCCAGAUGUGAAACUGAAGGGCAUUCCCGUCUACCAAAACAGGAGCCCCAGCCACCACCUGGAAUCGGAUUCAUGCUGCAAAGAGCCACUGCCAGAGAAGCCCUUCAGGAACAGCAUAGAAAAGCCACCGCUCCCCAGCAGCCACCGGAGUUCGGAGGAAUAUUAUUCCUUCCACGAGUCUGACCUGGACAUCAGCGAGCUGAACGGCUCCAUGUCCAGCAGGCAGAUCGACGUCCUGAUCUUCAAGAAACUGACAGAGCUCUUCAGCGUCCACCAGAUCGAUGAGCUGGCCAAGUGCACUUCAGACACUGUCUUCCUGGAGAAGACCAACAAGAUCUCGGACCUCAUCAAUAGCAUAACUCAGGACUACAACCUGGAUGAGCAGGAUGCUGAAUGCAGGCUGGUCCGAGGCAUCAUACGCAUCAGCACCCGGAAAAGCAGGGUCCGGCCCCAUAUUUCUAUCCCAGCCAGCCAGAGCCAUGAGGAGAAGUCCAGCAGAGGCAACGCACCAGACAGCGGUAACGAAACGAUGCUAGAGUCCAUGGUCAUCAGCCAAGACGAUUUGGCUGUGCAAAUAUCGGAAGAAACACCAGCAGAUGUGAUAGCCAGGAAUAUGAGGCGGCAUAGCAGUGCAGGCUCUCCAACAAGCAGAGAUUCCUCUUUCCAAGACACAGAGACUGACUCAUCUGGGGCACCUCUGCUUCAGGUGUAUUGUUAA